UGAAGGCGGUGCCUACUAGCUGCCGGUGGGAAGGGUUGUUGUUGUUUGUGAGGGUUGAAGUUCUUGAAAAGUGUAAAAACUCUUCUUCUAAAAUGGGAACCCGAGACGACGAGUAUGACUACUUAUUUAAAGUUGUACUUAUUGGAGACUCUGGAGUAGGGAAGAGUAACCUGCUGUCUCGUUUUACAAGAAAUGAGUUCAACCUAGAAAGCAAGAGCACCAUUGGGGUGGAGUUUGCUACCCGAAGCAUUCAGGUGGAUGGCAAGACCAUAAAGGCACAGAUUUGGGACACAGCUGGCCAGGAGCGAUACAGAGCCAUCACCUCAGCGUAUUACCGUGGUGCGGUUGGUGCUCUCCUAGUUUACGACAUUGCCAAGCACCUGACCUACGAAAAUGUUGAACGCUGGCUGAAAGAGCUCAGGGACCAUGCUGACAACAACAUUGUGAUCAUGCUGGUUGGAAACAAGAGUGACCUCCGCCACCUCAGGGCAGUGCCCACUGAUGAGGCUCGAGCUUUUGCAGAAAAGAACACUCUCUCAUUUAUUGAAACCUCUGCCUUGGACUCCACCAAUGUAGAAGAAGCCUUUAAAAACAUUCUCACAGAAAUCUAUCGUAUUGUAUCUCAGAAGCAAAUAUCAGACAGAUCUGCACACGAUGAGUCUCCAGGAAACAACGUAGUGGACAUAAGCCUCCCCCCAACCACGGAUGGGCAGAAGGGCAAACUCCCUUGCUGCCAAAGCAUGUGACGCUCUUAUUUUCUUUUCCUGUUUGACUUUCUGUCCGUUUUUCCUCUCUUCACCUCUGGUUCUCUUCAGCUGUCAUGCAGCUGUCGUCAUGAGACCCUCGUGGGUUCUGAAGUCUCUGACACCAAGACUCUGGUCUUUGACAUUCCUUUUUGCUGUUUUUCUAUUGUUUUUCUUUCAUGUUCAUUUGUCUUCCUCUGAUUUCAGAGGAGCCCAUGUUUAAAGAAAAAAAUGUAAGGGCCUCAUAAUGUCUUUGAGAGAAAGAGAGUUUUUGCUGUUAUGAAGUUAAUUUUAAAGCCGUGGUGAACUACGAUGUCUUUUAAAGUAAGUCAACUUGAUGGUCCUUUUGACCCACUCCUGCUGAGGGAAUGGUGAGGGAUCAGUAGGCCUGUGUAUCAGUACUUCAAGCGGUUUCUACUUGUCUCCUUUUUCAGCUUCAAUGAUACAGACUUUUUUCAUGAUGUGCUACAGCAGAAUCCCAAUUUCAUGUCUGGUCGACCUGAUUCUGUCUAUCAUGCAAUACGGGUGAAGAGGGGGAGAUGAGAAGGCACCACUUGGGUAUUGAUGUGUACUCUUGUCUGGGGUUUCUAUUUGCCUCCUUAAUUUUAAUUUUCCUCUUUGAGCCCUGUGCCCACUGUGGCAUGAAAUUAGCAUGAGCCAGGGACCAGACUGGCUGUGACUGUCUGACUUAAUAUGGGCAAGCGGGAAACAAAUGAAGAGUUUUAUGGUGUGUCUGACUGUGUGUGUGUGAGACUGUGUGUGACAGUUUGUGACUGUGUGUGUGUCAAUCUUAGUGCACAAAAAUACCAAAGGAGACAGAUGCAAUCGUUAUCAGUUUAGGUAUUCUUACGUAGGCAUGUACAAGGCUGCUAAGAUUGCAUUUCAUUGCUGUAUUUGGAAAACCAAUUAGGGCUGUUUACAAAAAAAAUCAAUGCUAUACAUAUAAAGUAAUGUUUUGAUCUUUGUGUGAUUUGUUUUUGUGAAAUAUUAGUAAAAGCCUGGAUCAAGCCAUGUGCUCCUCACUUUAAGCAUGCUUUUGAUUUCUUUUCUUUUUUGCACUUAGGUCCAGAAAUUUCAAUGGAACAAAUCAAACUAUAUCACAAAAAUAUACUCAAGAUCUUUAUCAAUUAACAUUUCCAUUUGCUUCCGAAAAAUGUAUGUAGUAUGGCUCUUUUUUGUCUGAAACAACAGUUUCCUCAUGUACUCAAACAACCUGUUUGAAUUGUUUGAAUGUGAUAUCAGUUAAAGGGAAAUUGAUAAAGAUGUUUGUAAUCUUACUGGUUUGCUUUUCAUUUUGCAAAAACACUCCAGAUACAUUAAUGUUUGGCAUUUCACAGAGGAGAACUACAGAUGCAAACUGUUGAUGAAUUUGACUGAAAUCCUUUUGAUUUAUCUGUUAAAGAUGCUUUCAUGUGUGAUUGACUCAAAACUUCUCAAAUAUUUCACAAAAAUAGUAAAGAAAUUUACUUUGUUUUUGCAUUACACCAAAAUACUGAACUAAAAUAAAGGACAUCUACUCGA